AUGUUGUUAGAAUGGCUUAACGAAACACAUAGAGGUCAAUAUGAUUUCGUUUAUUUACGAAUUGAUUUUAAAAAUAAAUGUAAUGUUGGAUAUGCAUUCAUUAAUUUCACAUCAGUAGAUGCGGUAAUUUCAUUUGCACAACUUCACGUUGGUAAAAAAUGGGGUCGUUUUAAUAGCGAUAAACGUUGUGAGCUUUCUUAUGCAAAUGUUCAGGGAAAAAAAGCUUUAAUCGAAAAAUUCAAAAGCUCUCGAGUUAUGGAUGAACAGCCAGAAUAUCGUCCAAUGAUAUUUUAUACAAAAGGCCCUUUUGCAGGCUUCGAAGCUCCAUUUCCACGCGGAAAUCUCGAUUAA